CAGAUAAUACUUGUGCCCUCUAUCGAUAGUGUGUGCAAACAAACUAAGCGUUAGCGUCAUCAAUCGUUGCUCAGUCAGUAUUCGUUUGGAAUUCGUCUGAAUAUCUUGUUAUUUUUAAGGUGGUGUGACUUUAUGUACAUCAUUGAAACAUGCCAUCUCCUGCACAACCAUUACCUAAACUAAUUGAUGAACCUUUAGGAAUAAAUGCUGUGCUUCUAGGACCUCCAGGUUCAGGCAAAGGAACGCAGGCUCCACUGCUUAAAAAUAAAUUCUGUGUAUGUCACCUAUCAACAGGAGAUAUGUUGCGUGCUGAGAUAUCUUCGGGCUCUCCUCUGGGUCGAAAGAUUAAAAAAGAAAUGGAUGCAGGACACCUAGUAAAUGAUGAUUUGGUUGUGAGUCUGGUGGAAUCAAACUUGGAUCGACCAGAAUGCAAAAAUGGAUUCCUUCUAGAUGGAUUUCCUAGAACUUUACCACAAGCUGAAAAGCUAGACAAGCUUCUUGAAAAGAGGAAACAAAAUCUUGAUGCUGUGAUUGAGUUCAAAAUUGAUGACAGCCUUCUUUUACGCCGCAUUACAGGAAGAUUAAUUCAUCAGGCCAGUGGACGCUCAUACCACGAGGAAUUCCACCCACCACGGACACCCAUGAAGGAUGAUUUUACUGGUGAGCCACUGGUUCGGCGUGCUGAUGACAAUGCUGAUGCUUUAAAGAAACGUCUUGAAACAUAUCACAAGCAGACCAAACCUUUGAUAGACUACUACAGUUUUAGAGGUAUUCAUCAUCGUAUUGAUGCUGCUGAAUCAGCAGCACAUGUCUUCAGUCGUAUUGACAAAAUAUUCCUUGAAAACUGUGGUCAAAAGAACAAAGACAGAGUUUUAUUUGUUUAAGAAGAAUGAAGUUUGUUAGGUGGAAUAUGUAGAAACAGUUGCCCGUCUUAUUAAUUCAAAAAAAUAUUUCUGUUGACAGAUUGGACCAAGUGCUGAGAUGCUGUCCUUAUUUCUUAGCUAGUAUUUGUAUGGUAUAAUAAUAUAUGCACCCAUAAUACCAUUUCCUUUAAAAAAUUAUUGUUCUUAAUCUGAUGUAAUUUAAGUCAAAUGUGAAUCAACAUGGCCGCUUCCCUAUGGUUUGAGCAAGUUAGAAUAAAGCAAACAUACAACAGUUAAUUAUUAAUAUAAUUUUUACUGAAAAAAUUGGAUAAUAAAAUAUAUUUUACCAUUAUAAAAUGUACCACAUACUACAAGGAACUAGUAGCAUCAGGUGAGUUGUUGUAGUAGACAGUAUUGGGUGCAUAUAAAGGAAAUGUUAAGGAUGCAGAGUUGUAUCACUGAUCUCUGCUGUUCCUCAACUUAUAAUACCUGUUAAGUGGGAAGGAAGAAUAAAUUUUCAAGGCAGGAAUAAACAUUGGAUACAAGUAGAAUAUACAGUUGAUAUUUGGAUGAUUCAGAAGUCAAACUUGUUACAAAGAAACAAAAGUCUUAUUGCUUUAAUUGAACUCAGUGGUGCAAAUGAAAAGUGUUUAUGAAAAAUGUUCUGCAGAACUUAUCUAUUAAUUUCCAAAAUAAUUUUAGUAAUAUAAAAGGCAUUUUACAUUCAAAGAAACUGAAAACAUCAUUGUUCCCGUAAUUGGCGUUGGCAUUUUAUUCAUAUUGUAGAUUCCUGACACGAUUUUUUAAGUAGAAAAUUGUACAGGAAGCCAUCAUGUUAGAACUUUCUGACUUUGUAGUGUUUGUACAUGGGAUUGAAGUUAUUAUUUGCCUUAAUAUUUCACUAAUUUGGUUAUAUAAAUGCCAUUUCAUAUGCACACUCAAAAAUUAGUUCCAGUGGUGAAGUAUGAUUGGUGGGGAUUUGCACUGCUGAGAUACAAGUCUGCAAAUGGUAAUUUUUCUUCGAUUUUCAUUGCUUUGUGAUGCCCUUAAAUGUUUAAGGGCAGUUUGCUGUGAGCCAAAGAAGAUGCUGUCAAAAAUUUUCUGGAAACAUUUGAAGACAGGUUCCCAAGGAACCAAUGCCAUCAACCUCUACGUCCACUAAAAUUUUAUCUCGUCAUCCUAUAACGAAACUUGUUUCUACUGAAACACCACAUCUAAUGAGGAAGGAACUGCCAGGAUUAAAGGGAACAAUGAAAGAAAUUUGUUACCCAGUUUUGUUAUUAUUCUGCUAUAUUUCAAUACGUGUAUUAGAACAGUAUUGUUAUUAUUAUUAAAAAUGUUCAUUAUAUUACCUUAAUUAUAAGUUACUGGUAAAUGGGCAAUUGUGGUCUGGCUUGGGAUCCUAAGCGCCAUUUAUAAUGUUGUGUCUGUGGGCAGAAGUUCAGAACAAAGGCGUAUUUUGGAAUGCAUUCUGUUCAUAAUUUGUCGUCUUCCUGAAUGUAAAUUUAUGAUGUAAAAAUUUAAUGUAAAUUACCAUUUGGUACAAAAGAAACAAGAAUAUUUAUCUUGAAUCUCAUUUGCACUUGGUUCUGUGCUGUGCUCAUAUUUACUGUUGCAUUUUACAUAAUAUUGUUUACUUGCCAUGAUUUGCUUCGGUUUAUGAGUGGGUUGAAAGUAGUAGUAAGCAUUUUUGUUUAGGGUAGUUACAGAACGAGAAAUGCCUAACUUCCAAGUUAUAUCCUGAUUCUUGUUGUCUGUACUAUUUUCUAUUACUAGGAACAGCACAAUAUAGUUCAUAUUGUUUUAUAAAAGUUAAGGGAAUGUUUUUUAGAGGGGGGUUGUGUAUAUGGCAGUGGGAGUAUGAUUAAAGGUGAAUGUGUAGUUUUGUUAUAUUUCCACUGUGAAAGAGUAUUUUCUGAAUAUUUUUUUUCUAGCUUUCAAUAUUGUCGCAGCAUUGGUUUUAAAAUCUUAUAAUUAAAUAUGGUACUCUGUUCAUAAUUUAACAUAUUUGUGAAGGUAAGCUUUUGAAUGUUGAAAUCACUUAAAGGGAAACUAUGAAUAAUAAAGUUGUUUAAUGAAAAAUGUUAAA